AUGCCACCGAAAGUUGAGACUAGAAAAUGGAAACCCCCAAAGGGUCCGAAGAAUACACCACACAAGAACAAGAAUACGAUUGGACUUGGCCGGAAUAUCAAGAAUGCCAAACAGAGACAGAAUCAGAUCUACUAUCUACCUGAUGGGCAAAUGAGGUUUACCACGGAUAAGCACGAAGCCGAUUGGGUCAAGCUCCGGUCGGUCACGCAGGAGAAUGCGUUGGAUGAAUUUUUGAACACAGCUGCUUUAGCAGAUACUGAUUUCACUGCCGAGAAACACGCCAGUGUUAAAAUCAUCAGAGUCAACAAUCAAAGUGUAGAUAGUGGUUCGUACAACCCUUACUUAUUGACCUCUGAGGAGGAAGCUAAGAAGUUUCAGGUUCAAAAGGAACAUAUUAAAGAUUUGAUUGUCCCCAGACGGCCAAAAUGGGACAAGAGUACAACCAAGUUUGAGUUGGAGAGAAUGGAAAGUGAUGCGUUUUUAGAGUGGAGGAGACAUCUAGCCAUGCUACAGGAGGAUCACGAUUUGCUCUUGACUCCAUUUGAGAGAAACAUUAUGGUCUGGAAGCAAUUAUGGAGAGUUGUUGAGCGUUCUGAUUUGGUUGUCCAAAUCGUUGAUGCUAGAAACCCCCUUCUAUUCAGAUCGAGAGAUCUAGAGAAAUACGUCAAGGAGUUGAAUCCAUUGAAGAGAAACUUGUUGUUAGUUAAUAAGGCCGACCUAUUAACAUACCAACAACGGUUAGCAUGGGCGAAGUAUUUUAAAGAGCACAAUAUCAAAUAUACAUUUUUCAGUGCAGCUAACGCCAACGAAAUUUUGGAGAAACAAAAAGAGGAAGAAGAAGCUUUGAAGAGGUAUAUGGAAGAACAUGAUGGUGAACUACCACCUGUUUAUGAUCCAAGUAACAAACAAAAAAACAUUGAAGACCAAGGUGACAAUGAUGAUAAUGAUGAAUUUGAUGACAUUGAUUUAUCGGAUUUAAGUGAAGAACAAAAAGAGGAAUUUCUGAAAUUGCAGAGGGAGUUGGACGAGCUGGAAGGACAAAUAGAUGAACUGGAGCUCGAAGACGAAGAUCACGAUGAGGAAGACGGAGAUGAUGAUGAGGAUAACUAUUUUGAUAAUGACGAGGAACCCGCUGAUGAAACUGCCAAGGAAAUGACACGUAUUAUUACAGUGGAGGAGUUGGAGGAAUUAUUUAUGAGGGUUGCACCGGAGCCAUUAACAGAGCCACCAGAAGGACAACGGAAGAGACUACAGAUCGGGUUGGUUGGUUAUCCGAAUGUUGGUAAGUCGUCCACUAUUAAUGCAUUGGUUGGAUCUAAAAAAGUUUCUGUUUCCUCAACACCUGGUAAGACAAAACAUUUCCAGACGAUCUUAUUAUCAGAUGAUGUGAUACUAUGUGAUUGUCCAGGUUUAGUUUUCCCCAAUUUUGCAUACACCAACGGUGAGUUAGUCUGUAAUGGUGUUUUACCAAUCGAUCAGUUGAGAGAAUACACUGGACCAUGUCAAUUGGUUGCUAGAAGAAUUCCGAAGUACUUUAUCGAGGCAGUAUAUGGUAUUACGAUUCCAACGUUAGGUGUGGAUGAGGGAGGUACAGGAGUUCCAACAUCACAAGAAUUACUAACAGCCUAUGCGAGAGCAAGAGGUUAUAUGACUCAAGGUUUUGGUUCAGCAGAUGAGAGUAGAGCAGCACGGUAUAUUCUCAAGGAUUUGGUCAAUGGUAAGUUAUUGUACGUUCAACCCCCACCACAUGAGGAUGGUUCAGCUGCAAGCGAAGAGGAAGCACGUGAGUUCAACAAAGAAUUAUACAAUUUGGCACAUCUUCCAGAACAAAGGAGGAACCAACUGGUAGCAGCAAUAAAGGCCAAGGGAUUAAGUGUUAAGGAAUUCAAUCUGGAGAAAGAUUUGGAUAAGUUGACCUUCUCUGGACAUUUAUCAGUUGAGGAUGAACAAAAUAAGUCUUACAGAAGUAGAACGUAUGGUGGUAGGCAAGCAGCGUUGUACAGUGCAGCCAAUGAAUUGGAUGAUGAGUUUUUCCUUCAAAAGAACGUCAAGGGUAAUCUGAAAGGCCCAUUCUACCAAAGAAAUGUGGUUGCAGACAAUGGGAAGAAGCACCAUAAGAGUAAUAAGAAGAAUAAAACAAGACGGCUGAACAAAUAA